AUGAUUCCCACCCGGUAUCGAAAUGUCUUCUUCCUUAGCAUCCUUUUGGUCAUCGUCUUCUUAACCACGUACUUCCACGGCCAUAUUAGACGAGCUUCAACUCCCUAUAUCGAGGAUAUCCACGACAAGUUCUACCCUGACCCUGACCCUGACCCUGACCCACCAAAACCAAUAUACAAGCACAAAAGCCAACUUGUACUCCCUCCUGUUGUCGAUAAUUUUCCUCUGGCAGCAGCCGCACACUCUGCCUCAGACCUCCCACCGAUUCCAGCAUGGAACGCUCCGCCAUCCGAUCAUGUCCCUGAGAGGACGCCCCUCUUCAUAGGCUUCACCCGAAACUGGCGCGUUCUCCAGCAAUGUGUUGUGUCAUACAUCACAGCCGGCUGGCCUCCCCAGGACAUCUACAUAAUAGAGAACACCGGGGUGAUGAACUCGAACAAAAAUGGUCUUCUAUCACUACAGAACCCUUUCUUCCUGAAUCAUACGCGCCUUGAAAUGCUCGGCGUCAACGUUAUGAUCACACCUACCCUCCUCACAUUUGCUCAGCUCCAAAACUUCUUCAUUUCCACCGCUAUCCAAAAUGAAUGGGGGUACUACUUCUGGUCACACAUGGACAUCGUGGCUCUCUCGUUCGAAAACCGCUAUGACGAUGCGGUACGCGCUGGCAAAGAGUCCCCGGAUAUUGCCAAGGAGCCAUUCAAAUGGAAAUCGCUAUACGAGAACUGCAUCGACACACUGCGUCGAGCCCUGGCUCUUCCUGCCGAUUCCGAAACGGGCUCCCCAGCGCGCUGGGGAAUGCGAUUCUUUUCAUACGAUCGGCUUGCACUAGUGAAUGUCGCAGCCUUCGUAGACAUCGGCGCUUGGGAUACGAUGAUACCCUUCUAUAUGACAGACUGCGACAUGCAUUGGCGGUUAGAAGUGUCAGGGUAUAGCAUUAUCGAGGAUCCCGUGGGGAUGAUCUACGAUGUAGCGAGCAGUCUGGACGAUUUAUUGGUUCUAUACCGUAAGGUAGAGGCUAACCCCAGUGGGGGGGAAGUACCAGGAGUGAGCUUCACGGAUCCCAACGAGGUUGAGAAGAAACUAGAAGAGAUGGAGCAGUCGGAGAACGAGCUAGAGGCUGAACUGAAUAACAGAAGCCUCGCAGUGAGGAGCGUUCAGCCCCGCGACGAAGCAUCUACAAACAACUCCGCUUCCACAUCGGUAGUCACAGCAUGGCAAGAAGAUAACCCCUUUCCAUCACCCUCCCCUCUCUUCCUCAACCUUCUCCACACGCUUGACUCCAUGGUAGCCAGCAAACACUCCUCUAAAGGCGGACGCAAUACCUGGCAAGGGCGGGCGAAGGGCGGCGAAGGCGACCCGUUUUACAGGGAUAGUGCCGGCUUCGAAAAUGCUAUUCUAAUGACUAUCGAGCAUGGACGGAGAGUGUUCGCCGAGAAGUGGGGACAUAGGGAUUGUGAUCUGGCCGAUGUUGGGCUGAAGCCGGAUGAUGCUUGGCUGGUGGAACAUGAUUGGAGGGAUUGA